AUGCUCGCAAUUGGAACUCACUGCGAGUUCUGCGGAGCUCGCGACUUUCUACCGUUUACCUGUUCCAAAUGUGACAAGUCAUUUUGCGGGGCACAUCGAGAAUUCCACAAUUGUCAACCGUUGGUAAAGCCUGCAUCGACAAAACCUCCGCCAAAGCCAGCACAGCAGCCGUUAACCAAAACGGCCCUUUUGCCGCGCACACCGCCACCCGCGGCUGCGAGACCGUCGGAUCAGAAACCAAAACCGCUGCCAAGCACUAAUACUGCUGCGAAGAAAACAGCUCUCGACAGGCUACGGUCGCUGAUCGGCGGUAAAAACAGCACCGGCGCUGCUGCAAGUCCCAAACCGUCGUCCGAACCCCCCCUGCACAAGACCGCAGUAGGCGACAGCAAAGUGCCCGAGAACCGCCGCGUGUACCUGCGCAUUAGGAGGCCUGCCCAAAACUACCUAGACACCAUCACCAACACCGAACAGAAGCGGGCCGCCAAAAUCAUGGCUCUUUAUUACGACAGGGACACUCCCGUGGGCCGGGUUAUCGAUAUGGCCAGCGUCAACCUGGGGUUAAAGGGCACGAAGCUGAUGCUUGGAUCAGAGCCGCUCGGUGCAAGUGUGCCAAUUGGCAAAUUUGCCGGAAAAACCCUCGACAUUUCUUAA